UUGGAAAGCUGACAUUUUGUUUCAUGUAACACCUGUUUCUAUUCGUGGCUGAUAUCACAUCACUGAGCCUAAAUGGCGGGUUUUUACUUCCGCUUGUGCCGCGAUUCACUUCCGUUUUAUUACGAGCCUCGCUUUCGCCCGUGAAUAUGGCGGCUUCGAGGGUGUUCGGAAGAUGGUGCUCCUCGGCUCCCCGAGCCAAGGUGACCAGGUGGGAAAGGCUGCGUAACAGUCGCCUGGGAGUGUGGUGCAGCAGCCUGCUGAGCGAUUACAAGGAGGCCUGUCGUGAGGUGAUCGUGGGGGCCUACCAGCAGCCGCUUAAGGCCUCCAUCUACCUUGGCCUCCUGGGCGGGGCUUGGGCCUGUUAUUACACCAACCCGGACGACGCCUCCUUCGAGACCAGCUUGCUGGAGACGGCCAAUAAACUGGGGCUGCUGUCACCGUGGAUACGUAACGGCUCCUCCGACGGGCACGUGCAGGACCUGCUGCGGCUGCGCAAUCAGAGCCGGCUGCGACAUCUCAGCCUGGGGGUGGCCUCACUGGCCUACCGCGUGGAUUACGACCCCGCGGCCAGCCUGUACGAGGCCCAGUGCUCUGCACUGUCUGUGCCCUGGGCUGAGCUCCCAGGCCGCGUGCUGGACGUGGGCUUCGCAGGCCGCUGGUGGGUGCUGGACACCCGCAUGAAGGACUAUGACGUCAACGAGGAGGAGUUCAGGCACAUGGCUCCCGCCUUGGCCACCACCCAGCCUCCCGGCGCCCAGGAGACAGACAGGAGCCAGCGGCUGCACCAGGAGUCCUGGAGGGCACUGGAGAUGAGUGCGGAGGACAUAGAACAGGCGGAGCGUGAAGAGGAGGAGAGAAAGGCUGCAGGGCAGGCGCGGCUCUGAUGGCCACAUGGGAAGGUGGCUUUGGUCGUGCAGCUCGAGGACUGACCCAGUGUAUGUUCAGAGCUCUCAGACCUGAGUACCAAACUUUGGCACAGGGCUCCCUGCUAUGGCCGUGAUGAGAAUGUUAGGGAACGCAUCCACUGAGUCUUCGCUGAGCUCCGCCUUCAUCUUCAAUGAAGGUGUCUUCAAUGAGCCCAGCAAUUAAUGACUGUUAUAUAAGCCAGUGUUUCCCAACCUGGAUGGUUCAUGUUUUUGCUCCCACCUGCAGUGUUUCCCAACUCAGAUGGUUCAUGUUUUUGCUCCCUCCUGGGGAUUCUGGGGGUCCCUGCAGACCAGUUUGAGAAACACUGGCACAUAAGUCAAAUGCCGUGCAUCUACAUGUAAUAUAAAGUGAGAUAAUUGCAAAUGGCUGUAAUUAAAAGGUUGAAUACUGUAUUUGCUUUCCAUGACAUUUCCUCUGUUUUUCUCUUGCUGAAUUGAACAUCUGUGGGUCAUCUUGUGAUCUGAAUAACAGCUGUCGGGGUUUGCAGCCUGCUGGAUGCAGACAGCAGGGGGCGCUAAGGAGCAGACAUGCACGAAUACUGAUGAGGAAAGGGGAGCGUGCUCUGUUGUGGGGGGGACACCUGCAGCAUGGGGGUGUCCUCUAAUUUCAGCCCCAGCUGCGGGGGCCUCUGGGGGUGAAUGCAGAGCUGCAGCUAGUGUCUGUACUGGCCCUGUAAGCCUCAUAUUAAAGGCAGGUGCUCUCUGUCUGCAGAAAUACAGUUUAACAUCUGUGGUUUUUUUUUGUUAUUGUCGUGUUUACUGCCUCCUGCUGACCAUCAUGCUUAGAAAAUGCAGGACGAUGUACAGCAGGUGACUAGAUAGACAAUGGAAAAUACCACUGUAGGGAAACAUUGAGCGUUUACACAUACAGGAGGUCCACUGGGAAACUAAAAAAACAAAUAAAAAAUGUCAUCUUGUCACAGCCUCA